CCCGAAGAAUCAUUAAUUUUUGAUUGCAAAUCAUCCCUAGAUAACUUGCAAGCUUUGGGGUUGUGGGGCCUCAAAUAUGACUCUCUCGGGUCACAUCUUGGCCCCUAUCAUGACCGACUGAUUUUACGCGUUACCAAAAAAAAAAAAAAGUUAAAUCAUUAUGCCAAAUGACCCUUUGCAUGAUAACAAUUUAAGAACCCCAAAUUCAUGUCUCAAAUUAGAGAAUUUAAUUCCAACAAAAAAAAAAUGGAAAUCCAAAUGUAAAUCAAUGGCCCAAAUCACUAGUCAAAAGAAAGGUUCAUCACCAAUUAUGGUACUUUACUUCAUCAUACCAUUCCCCUUUAUGUUACUUUAUUCCUCUAACAGAACACACCAAAACAAUUUCUGAACUCCGAGAAGCAUCAAUCUGAAUUCCCACAUAAAAUCCAAAUAUAAUAGCGACUGUUCCUAUCUCUCUCUGUCCUUCAAAUUUGUAAUAUAAUAAUAAAAAAUUACUAAAAGACUGGAAAUCCAAGAAAAAAGUGACAAAAAACUUGCAUGUCUGAGAAUUUAUAAUAUUUGCAUGGAAAUAUGCAGAUUAUAUAAAGUACUGGAGAAGGAAGAAGUUUCUUUAUAAAUAACAGGAAGAAAUGAGAAACUUGGCCUCAAAGCCCACCGCCCUUUGAUCCCUUUCUCUCUCUUUUACUUGUGCUUUAUCAGUUUUGAUUCUCUCAUCUCUCUAAACAAAGAAGCAAAGCAUCCCCUCUUAAAAGCCUCCACAUUAACUUGCUUUCCCUUGAUUCUCUAAACGUUUUCGGUUGUUUCAUGCAAUUCAUGUUCCCUACUUCGUUCAGGAAAUACUUUCCUUUUCCUUCAAGAAAUCAUUCACCAUAUUUUCAUGACUUAUUUUAGAUUCAUUGAAGAAUUUUCCAUUAUUUUCCUGUAUUGAUGCUUUUUUAUCACUUCAUUGUGUUUUCAAAACCAAGUUUCUGUUCAUCUUCUUAUUCUUCUUUUCUUUUCUUUUUUGUGAAAGAAUUUGAACACAAUAAACCCAUUUUCAAAUUCAUUCUUUGGCAAAAAACAGAGAAGUGAUUAGUUGCUCCACCAUGAGUUCUUUAACAGGAGGAGGAGAUUCUUGGCAACCAGCCAUGACUGGCAACACAACUACCUCAAUCUACUGGUUCAAUUGGAGGGUCUUGCUUUGUGCCAUUUGGGUCUUAAUUACAGCAACUUUUUCCUUGACUCUUAUAUGGAAAUAUGAAGGUUUCCGUAAAUCAAAUCACGAUUAUGGAGAAACUCAGCAAGAAACAGCAGGAUCUCUUCAUGAGGAUGAGGCUUGGAGGCCAUGUUUAAAAGGAAUUCACCCUGCUUGGUUGCUGGCUUUCAGACUUGUUGCUUUCCUUGUGCUUUUAAUAUUGCUAAUUGUCACUACUUUUGUGGAUGGAGGCAGCAUAUUCUACUAUUAUACUCAGUGGACUUUCACAUUGAUCACCAUUUAUUUUGGGCUGGGAUCAUUGCUCUCCAUGCGUGGAUGUUACCAAUACCACAAAACAGUUAGCGGUGACAAGGUUGAUAACGUAGAGUUAGAUUCAGAGCAAGGAUGCAAUGCAAGUGAAGAAACCUCAGCAAAAAACCCUGAGUGCCCGGAAGAACAGUCUGUUCGCCAACCUGCAGGCACUUGGGGUUAUGUAUUUCAAGUAAUUUUCCAGAUGAAUGCAGGUGCAGUUUUGCUGACGGAUUGUGUUUUUUGGUUCAUAAUUGUCCCAUUCCUUGCAAUUAAAGACUACAAUUUGAGUGUUCUGGCUAUGAAUAUGCAUUCUAUCAAUGCUAUUUUCCUCCUUGCUGAUACUGCUUUGAACUGCUUGCGCUUUCCUUGUUUUCGGAUCGCAUACUUCUUCCUAUGGACAGUGGUCUAUGUUAUAAUCCAAUGGCUUCUUCAUGCUUGUGAGAAUGUUUGGUGGCCAUAUCCAUUUCUUGAUUUGUCAUCUUCAUAUGCUCCCCUAUGGUACUUUUCAGUGGCAUUGAUGCAUUUCCCAUGCUAUGGUGCCUUUGCUUUGGUUGUAAAGCUGAAGCACCGUGUAUUUUCAAGAUGGUUCCCUGAGUCAUACCAGUGUAUGAGGUAACUUGGACUGACAGGUUAUGCAGACAAUUUGAUUAGAAGGUCUUGACGAAAAAUCUAAUUUUCCUACAGAAGAUAGAGAAAUGUAAUAGAGUUUGAAAUGUCAGAUAUAACAUAGUAAACUACUGAAUUCUUUGUAUCAAAAAUUCACAAAAAGUUGAUAAGUGGAUCGAGUUUUGGAAGAUGCAAGGUUGCCUAGCAAGAAAGCAGGCAAUCUUUUUUUUAUACAUCCAUGUUAGAGGAGUUGUGUAGCUUUAAGUUGUAACUACUUACACAUAUUCAAAGCAAAUUUAAAGAAAAUCUCUUAUUCUCUUUGAGUACUUCAGAUUUAGUGCUAUGAUGUUGUUCAACCUUCUGACAGGUUCUAUAUCCAAAGAUUUGGACAGCUGAAAUUGGAAACUGUCCCAAAUCAUUAUCAAUCU